CUCAAGAUCCAUCAUUCUUCCUGAAGCUUAAAAGUUCAUCAAGAACAACUUCGAUCUGUGAUGGGCAGAAGGAGGAAAGGAAAAACUACUGGAAAACAAAAACAACAAUGUGUGAAGACUUCAAUGAAAGAUCUCCCGAUCGACGUAUCCCUCGACAUCCUUCAAAGACUACCCGUCACGUCUUUCUCAUCCGCGAAAUUAGUAUGCAAGGAUUUUUACCGCUUGGCAAGCCAUCCUGAGCUCAUUCUUCAUUACCAUCAUCCCCACAAGAACCCUUAUGGGAUCAUAAUUCGAAUUUUGUCCUCGUACAUCAACGAGCCCUUCUAUACCAACCAAUUAUAUCUUGUCGAUAGCCGGAGGUGUUUGACACAAAUCAUUCAGCCGAGGAUGAAAAAGAAAUACAAUCCUGGACCAAUGCUCUCCUGCAAUGGUUUGCUAUGUCUAUUAUUUUACAAGCACAAACAUCCGCGUUUAGAUUGUUAUCGAGCUUGUUUGUUCAACCCCUUGACCGGUGAACACGAUUUUUUGACUGAUCCUGGGUUACCAAGAGUACGAGAAUCAAGCCUUAAUGGUACUAUGGUUUCGUCCAACCAAUUUUUUGGGUUUGGGUUCGAUGUGAGGACUGAAGAAUAUAAGUUGGUAAGAAUCGUAAAACUUUCAUAUGAGGGUGGUCGGACUUAUUUACAGGCGGAGGUGUUCACUCUCGGAAGAAGUGGUUGUCAGAUUUCUGAAAUCUACACCCCAUUUGUUUGUCCGGAUCAAUCAUCUGAUGUUGUGGUGGGUGGUGCAAUUCACUGGCUAUGCGAAGAUGAAAAUUCAACUUGGUUUGAUCCCAAGUCGAGAAUUAUCCUUUCAUUCGAUUUGUUUGAAGAGAAAUUUCAUCAGAUGGCCACACCGGAUUGCGAAAUCAGUGAAUUUUGCAAGAUAUCGGUGUUGGGAGGAUGCCUUGCCAUAACGGGUGAUUUUGGCGUAUACCAGGGGAGGCAUGAGGUUCAGAUAUGGCUGUUGAAGGAAUAUGGUGUGAAGGAGUCAUGGACCAAAGAAUUUGUAAUCGGAGAAAGAUUUGGAAGGCUUUACCCUCUGUUUCUCUCAAAUAGUGGCAACAUUGUAAUGUCUGAUGAGUCGAAAGCUGUAUGUUGUUAUGAUCCGAAAAAGGUUUGCUGCGAAGGUUACGCGAAACUUCACCAGUCAAUCGUGGCGAUUUGCCAUGUCCCGAGUCUUGUUUCACCAUUUCUCUAG